AAUAAACUUUUACGGCGGUUUUGAGCGGAAAUGGAACCCGGGACAAUCCGCAAGCUAGACGAAGCUGUCGUCAAUCGCAUAGCAGCUGGUGAAAUCAUUCAACGGCCGGCAAAUGCUUUGAAGGAAAUGAUAGAAAACAGUUUGGAUGCAAAGUCAACUAGCAUUCAAGUGAUUGUCAAGUCUGGCGGUCUGAGAUCUCUUCAAAUUCAAGACAACGGGACAGGUAUACGGCGGGAAGACCUGGAAAUUGUUUGUGAACGCUUCACCACAUCUAAACUACAAAAAUUUGAAGAUUUAUCCACCAUCGAUACCUACGGGUUUCGCGGUGAAGCAUUGGCUAGCAUUAGCCAUGUGGCUCAACUAACUAUAACAACCAAAACACGACACGAGAAAUGUGCUUACAAAGCGUCCUACGAGGAUGGAAAGCUGAAGGGACAAAUCAAACCGUGUGCUGGUAAUCAGGGUACGCAAAUUACAGUAGAGGAUUUAUUUUAUAAUGUUCCUAUGCGCAAACAGGCUCUUAAAGCUCCCAACGAGGAGUUUCAAAAAAUUUUGGACGUCGUCAGUAAAUAUGCCGUUCAUAAUCCACAGACAGCUUUUAUGCUAAAGAAAUUUGGCGAAAAUGCAUCUGUUCGAACGCAGGCCAAAUCUACCGUCGAAAGCAACAUCAAUCUAAUUUAUGGAUCGUCAGUAGGAAAAGCAUUACUAAAGAUCAACAUUGAUGAUGAAAUAUUACAACUAAAGGCUGAGGGCCAUGUCACUAAUGUUAACUUCACGUUGAAAAAGGCAAUAUUUAUAUUAUUUAUAAACCAUCGAUUAGUAGAGUCGGUCAACCUGAAGAAAGCGAUUGACCAGAUCUACUCUCUUUAUAUACCGAAAGGAAUGUCACCGUUUAUAUAUCUUUCUAUCGAGCUACAUCCCAACAACGUGGACGUCAACGUUCAUCCGACAAAACAUGAAGUUCAUUUUUUACAUGAAGACGCAAUUAUGGAAAAGAUUACAGAAGCAAUUGAAAGCAUUUUGCUCGGAGGCAAUGUAUCGAGAACAUUUUAUACUCAGGCGCUUCUGCCCGGUGCUUCCAACCCUACUGAUUCGCCAAAACUGAAUGAAUCUGGCAGUGGGGGCGAUAAAUCCAGACUGGAUUACAAAUUCGUUCGCACCAGUCAUAACGAUCAAAAAUUGGACAAAUUUUUCGGAAACAACGUUUCUCGAAACGUAAGCAUUACCGAAAAUAAACAGGUUGCGACGCCACAGCGUGUUAAAUGUCACAGGGAUACAAAAUUGACCAGCGUAAUUAACCUGCGAAAAGCCGUCGAGGACGAGUGUGACCGGGAUCUGCGAAAAAUUUUCAGCGAGCUGGCUUUUGUCGGUGUCGUAGAUCGGACUCGAGCAUUGAUUCAAUACGACACAAAAAUGUUCCUUACUUCUACCAGGGUGCUGUGGGAAGAAUUAUGCUACCAGAUGCUACUGUUUAACUUUGCGAAUCUUAGCAAAAUGAGCUUCACUAAACCACUACCUUUACAUGAACUAGCCAGUCUUGCUUUGCAGGAUCCGGAGAGUGGCUGGACAGAAGAGGAUGGUCCAAAACCUGCAUUAGUAGAGCGCAUCGUGGAAAUCCUAACUGAUAAAGCGUUAAUGCUGCGCGAAUAUUUCAACCUCUGCAUAAGUAUUGACGGGAAACUGGAAGCUAUUCCAAUCCUAGUGAAUGAUUAUACUCCGUCGAUGGUGUACCUGCCUAUGUACAUCCUUCGGUUAGCAACGGAAGUGGAGUGGGACGAAGAGCAGGAAUGUUUUCGCACCUUUUGUCGAGAAACGGCCAAAUUUUACGCAAAGAUUGCACUGAGUAAAAAAGACCAGGAAUACAAAUGGGAGGUAGAGCAUGCAAUAUAUCCAACUAUCAAACAAUAUCUUCUACCUCCCAUAGCAUUCACAAAAAACGGCGCCCUUCUACAGGUAGCUAAUCUUCCAGAUCUGUACCGCGUUUUUGAAAGAUGUUGAUGACAUUUUUAAAUAUAUAUUU